AUGUCUUCUCCUACAAUGAAGAAACCUGAAAAGCCUUUGUUUAGUCCUACUUCUCCCCAGGAUUCUUCACCAAGACUGAGCACUUUUCCCCAGCAUCAUCACCCAGGAAUCCCAGGAGUUGCACACAGUGUCAUCUCAACUAGAACUCCACCUCCACCUUCACCAUUGCCAUUUCCAGCACAAGCUAUUCUCCCUCCUGCCCCAUCUAGCUACUUCUCUCAUCCAACGAUCAGAUAUCCUCCCCACCUGAAUCCUCAGGAUACUCUGAAGAAUUAUGUACCUUCUUAUGACCCGUCCAGCCCCCAGACUAGCCAGCCUAACAGCAGUGGUCAAGUAGUAGGGAAAUUGCCUGGGCAUUUUACUCCAGUUUUGGCACCCUCUCCCCAUCACAGUGCGGUGCGACCUGUGACCCUGAACAUGACAGAUACUAAGCCCAUCACUACAUCCACUGAAGGUGAGGCAUCUUCACCUACAGCAACCACCUACACAGCCUCAGGCACAUCCCAGGCCAGUCGAUAUGUGGGACUAAGCCCAAGAGACCCAUCCUUCCUACACCAGCAACAGCUGAGACUUUGUGACUGGACCAUGAACCAAAACGGCAGGCAUUUAUACCCCAGUGCCAGUGAGGAUACAUUGGGAAUUACUUGGCAAAG